UACCAUGAAGCAGUCGUACUUCUUUGGUGAUAAGGCAGCCACUGAUAUACUGUGCUUCUCCAAGACGCUUCUCAAAGGAACAUCCCUGCCGCAGGAGGUUUCCUACAAGGUUCUACCGCGCAACCGGAAACGAAGACACACAACAGGCGAAAAUCCUGCACCAUUUCCACCUCCAUUUCCACCUCCACUUCCACCUCCACUUCCACCUCCACUUCCACCACCACUUCCACCUCCAGUUCAACCUCCAGCAGCAGCGAUCAGUUUCAUCACCCUGGAGGCAGAUCGGUAUUCGCAUUUCGGUUUUACAGCCGAGAUCAUCGGUGGAGCUAUCAAAACGGAUACGGUCAGGGUGAAGAUCGAUUCAAAGCUACCUCUAGGAUAUUCCAUUUCGGUGAAAUUUUAUUGUUCUUUUUAA